AUGUAUACAGCUCGGCGCGCAGCGUCGCAAGCGCUUCGGAGAUCGCGCAACCCCAUAUUUUCUACAAGUUCGCGACGAUGGAACUCCACAUUUGAGACGAGGGAAUGGUCGACGCCUCUGGCCCGCACGCUGGCCCAUGCGAUGAAGGUUACGGGUCCAAUUCCAAUCGCAGCAUUCAUGCGCCAGGUCUUGACUUCCCCAGAAGGCGGAUAUUACACUUCAAAACCCGAGACUGGAGCUGUUUUCGGAAAGCAUGGUGACUUUGUCACAUCUCCAGAAAUCUCCCAGGUUUUUGGUGAAUUGGUAGGCAUUUGGACAAUUGCUGAAUGGAUGUCGCAAGGCCGGAAAAAGAGUGGCGUUCAAUUGAUGGAGGUUGGGCCUGGAAAGGGAACUUUAAUGGAUGAUAUGCUGCGGACAUUUCGGAAUUUCAAGAGCUUUACUUCUAGCGUCGAAGCCAUCUAUUUGGUGGAGGCGAGUCACACUCUACGAGAAGUACAGAAGCAGCUUCUUUGUGGUGAAGCUGCCAUGGAAGAGACGGACAUUGGACACCGGAGCACAUGCAAAUACUUCGAUGUGCCCGUUAUCUGGGUGGAAGAUAUCCGUCUCCUACCACAUGAGGAAGGCAAAACACCGUUCAUUUUUGCCCACGAGUUCUUUGACGCCCUCCCAAUCCAUGCAUUUGAGUCGGUCCCUCCUUCUCCCGAGAACGAACUCCCGGAACAAAAAGAAAUUAUGACUCCUACCGGGCCUCAGACACUUCAGCAACCUCUCAAGGUUAAGAACACCCCUCAAUGGCGCGAGUUGCUUGUUACCUUGAACCCCAAGGCCGUCGAAGAUAACAUUGAAGGGGAGCCCGAGUUCCAAUUAACCAAAGCAAAGGCCUCCACGCCAACAUCUCUGGUGAUCCCCGAGAUCUCUGAACGCUACCGCGCACUCAAGUCACAGCCCGGCUCGACUAUUGAAGUUAGUCCUGAAAGCAGAAUAUAUGCUGCUGAUUUCGCUCGCCGUAUCGGCGGGGAUGCCGCUUCUACACCGUCCGCAACGAAGCAGAAGGUCAAUCCCAGCGCACCACAGAAGAAGACACCUUCCGGCGCAGCUUUGAUCAUGGAUUACGGAAGCAUGUCGACAAUUCCCAUCAACUCGCUCCGUGGUAUUCGGGAUCAUAAAAUAGUGCCUGCACUAUCGUUCCCCGGUCAGGUGGAUGUGAGUGCCGAUGUCGAUUUCACUGCGCUAGCUGAAGCUGCCAUUGAGGGUAGCGAUGGUGUCGAGGUUCAUGGCCCUAUUGAGCAGGGUGAUUUCCUGAAUGCAAUGGGCAUCACAGAGCGCAUGGAGCAGCUCAUUCGCAAAUCUGGAGAUGAUGAGCACAAGAAGAUUCUGGAGACUGGAUGGAAGCGCUUGGUUGGAAAGGACAUUGCCUCUAUGGGUCAGCUUUACAAGGUCAUGGCCAUUGUGCCAGAGAAUGACGGCAAGAGACGUCCUGUCGGAUUCGGAGGUGGUCUUCAGAUGUAG